AUGUUCUAAACUCAGAAUAAAACAGGAAGUGCUUGCGGCUUCACUAAUGGAGGAACUGCAUGUGCAGCUCCAGCUGAUAAUGCUGCUUCAUGCACACUUGUAACAUCUGAUAUAGCUGCUGAUGCGGAUUGCGCCUUAAGAACAAUAUUAGGAUGCAAGAAACACGCUACUAAUAAUGCUUGUAUUGCAAAUGAUGCAUGUACUGAUGUUACACCUACUGGAACUACAGAUGAUGCGAAGACCACGAGUUGCUAAGCUAAUAUUGGUCCUGAUUCUAAAUAUUGUACAUUUACAUCUGGUGAUGCAAAGUGUGUAGCUGCUUAAAGUGCAUGUUCAGGUUAUUCAAGUCUUCCAAGCGAUGAUACUAAAUUAGCCUUUUGCCAAUUAAAAAUUAAUGAGAAAGGAUAAAGAUGUACAUGGGUUACCCCUGCCACAGCUUGCUCAGAUCCUUCAGGAUAAUUAGAAUUUUGUUAAGCCAGGAUUAAAUCAGAUGGUUUAAGAUGUUCAUGGGUUAGCGGUACUACAUGUACAGAUGCUCAGGCUGCUUGA